CAAGCGAUAGAAAGAGAAGANCCCUCCGAGGUUGAAAAGAAGAUCGACUCUGAAAGAUCAUCAACCUCAGGACGCACACGUUCAGAAAUCGAAGAUGUCAAUGCAAGGCUCUGGCUCUCGGAAGACGAGGCCUAUCAUCAUGCAAAAGCACACCCAGACGAAGCUCGAGAAAUAUACAUCACCUUUUCGGCAGACGACAGAGACAACCCUCGCAAUUGGGGCAAAGCAAAGAAGUGGUAUAUUACCUGCUUUGCGAGUUCGCUGAAUGUGUUGACUUGUCUGUGUGCUGGUGGGUAUUCGUCUGGUGUUGGGCAGCUUGUUGAGGAGUUUGGUGUGAGCGAUGAAGUUGGAACUGUGGGAUUAUCGAUGUAUAUCUUGGGCUUUGCGAUUGGCCCUAUGCUUCUCGCGCCUCUCUCCGAAUACUUUGGGCGUAAUCCGGUUUACUUCUGCUCGUGGUUUAUCUUGUUCAUUUUCCAAUUACCACUCGCGCUAGCACCCAACAUUGCCACAGUCAUUGUCUGUCGACUCAUCCAAGGAUUUGGUGGUUCGGCACCAUUGACAAACACUGGAGGCACCGUAUCAGACAUUUGGGACCGAAAUGCCAGUGGACCAGCCAUGUCCAUUUACGGCCUUUCUUCGACAUUCGGUCCACCCAUGGCUCUCGUCAUCUCGGGAUACAUUGCUCAGGAGAAAGGCUGGCGCUGGCUGUUCUGGGUAUACAUGGCCAUCUUUGGCGGUGUCUGGCUUAUCAUGAUGAAAAAGGCCGCUCGCGUGCGCAAAGCACUGAANAAAGAAGGUCUCGACAAGUCUGCAUCAAGAGUGUUUGAUGCACACGCCGACGAGUCCAAGAGUCUACACACCUUGUUCGCCAUUACUUUGACACGACCCUUCCGUUUCUUGUUUACAGAGCCCAUCACCAUCGGUGCUGCUGCAUACAAUGGUUUCAUCUAUGGCUUGGUAUAUCUUUUCAAUGAAGCUUUCCCUUUGGUUUUCGGCAAGAACCAUGGCUUCAAUGUUGGCGAGCAGGGUCUUGCUUUCUUGGGACUUGCUAUGGGGAGUGUGGUUGGUGUUGCACUGUACCCCAUCCAAGAACGCUAUUAUUUGCGUAAAGUGGCCAGGAAUGACGGUAAAGGUGUUCCUGAAGCAAGAAUCUGGCUUGCACGAUUUGGCGCCUUCUUGUUGCCCNNGUUCGCAUGGACAUCUUUCGCCUCGGUCCACUGGAUCGUCCCCAUCAUUGCAUCCGGCUUCUUCGGUCUAGGCAUCUACAUCGUCAUCCUCUCCAUCCUCAACUACGUCGUCGACAGCUAUCAGACUUACUCUGCAUCUGCCCUCGCCGGCGUAAUCCUCAUCCGCAAUCUCGUGGGCGCAGGCUUCCCUCUCUUCGCCAACCAAAUGUACAACAAACUCGGCUAUGAGUGGGCGUCUAGUUUACUUGCCUUUUUGAGUAUUCUCAUGAUCCCCAUUCCGUGGUUGUGGUUUUAUCAUGGCGAGACGUUGAGGAUGAAGUCGCCGUGGGCGAGAGAGCAUUUUGCGCAAGAUGAAGAUUCGCCGCAUUGA